UCUCCCUCCCUCUCUCUCUCUCUCUCUCCCUCUCUCUCUCUCCUUCUCUCUCCCUCUCCCUCUCUCUUUCUCUCUCACACACACUCAGAGGGAGAGGCAGUGUGUGAGUGUGAGUGACGGAGCCUGUUGUGUGGAGUGGACUGAAGAGAGAGGAAGAGGAGAGCAGAGCGGCAGACACUACCAUGCUGGUGCAGGGAGAAAGACUGAAGCGCUGUGUCUCUCUGUGUCUCUGGAGCUGGAGUCUCAGCCUUGGUAGUCCCCUGCUGCUGCUCGGACUCUUCUCUCUGCACACACAAGCGCAUGCUAAUAUAUUGGACAGUAUGUUGCUGAGAGCAUCCAGCAAAGCAGCAGUGGAGAGUGGGAAGGAGGCGAGUGGCAGCACAGCUCCGGCUCUGUCCUCCGAAAGGCUGCUGUGGUGCCACUGCUAUCACCAUUGUCCCGAAGAUUCGACCAAUAAUACAUGCAGGACGGAUGGCUACUGUUUUACCAUGGUGGAGGAGGAGGAAGGAGGGGUACCUGUCCUGACUGCAGGUUGCCUUGGCCUGGUUGGAUCAGAGUUUCAGUGCAGGGACACGUGGAACUCGCGUCAAAGAAGAUCACUUGAAUGCUGUACAGACCAGGAUUACUGUAACAGAGACCUGUAUCCCACACUACCACCACUCAAACCACCUAACUAUGUAGAUGGAAACAUCCACCAUAUGGCCUUGUUGAUCUCAGUGACUGUCUGCAGCAUCAUACUUGCUCUCAUUAUUGUCUUUUGCUACUUCAGGUACAAGCGCCAGGAGUCCCGUCCGCGCUACAGUAUAGGUCUGGAGCAGGAUGAGACCUACAUUCCCCCUGGAGAAUCCCUCAAGGACCUCAUAGAGCAGUCUCAAAGCUCUGGCUCAGGCUCAGGCCUCCCUCUACUGGUCCAGAGAACCAUUGCCAAGCAGAUCCAGAUGGUGAAGCAGAUAGGCAAGGGGAGGUAUGGAGAGGUGUGGAUGGGGAGGUGGAGGGGAGAAAAAGUGGCUGUCAAAGUCUUCUUCACAACUGAGGAGGCCAGCUGGUUCAGAGAGACUGAGAUCUAUCAGACUGUCCUAAUGAGACACGAGAACAUACUGGGUUUCAUAGCUGCAGAUAUCAAAGGAACUGGCUCCUGGACGCAGCUCUAUCUGAUCACUGACUACCAUGAAAACGGCUCUUUGUACGACUACCUCAAAUCCACCACCCUAGACAAUAAAGCCAUGCUGCGACUGGCCUACUCCUCUGUAUCGGGCCUUUGUCACCUCCACACGGAGAUCUUUGGCACCCAGGGCAAACCUGCCAUCGCUCACAGGGAUCUGAAGAGUAAGAACAUACUGGUGAAACGAAAUGGGACAUGCUGUAUAGCAGACCUGGGGCUGGCGGUCAAGUUCAUUAGCGACACCAAUGAGGUAGACAUCCCUCCCAACACCAGAGUGGGUACCAAGCGCUACAUGCCUCCAGAGGUUCUGGACGAGACGUUGAACAGAAGCCAUUUCCAGUCCUACAUCAUGGCCGACAUGUAUAGCUUCGGGCUCAUCCUGUGGGAGAUUGCUCGGCGUUGUAUCUCAGGAGGUAUCCUUGAAGAGUACCAGCUGCCAUACCAUGACUUGGUCCCAACAGACCCUUCAUAUGAAGACAUGAGAGAGGUGGUCUGCAUCAAGAGACUACGGCCAUCGUUCCCUAAUCGAUGGACCAGUGACGAGUGUUUGAGACAGAUGGGGAAGCUCAUGACAGAAUGCUGGGCCCACAAUCCAGCCUCCAGGCUCACAGCACUACGGGUUAAAAAGACUCUCGCCAAGAUGUCAGAAUCACAAGAUAUCAAACUGUGACGUGGUGCUGCCAGCUGUGUGCUCACAUGCACUGAGGGGGUCCUAUCAAUCUCACACAUACUGGCUCCGGUCCAGGCCACAAAAUCCUUUGCUCCAUGGGAAAAGGAAGUGGGACAGGAAGCAAGAAGACCACCAGAAGAUCACAGGAUGGCAAUCUUGGGAGUCCAGAUACCUAGAGGCCUGCAACCCAAGUCCCCCUCAAAAAUGAUUUUGGAUUUAAAGAGGACUAACCUGGUUAAUUAAAGCUUAAAUUAAUUGCAAAUAAAUUAAGAUUCAAGGCCUGUGAGAAUUCUGUGCAUCAGAGAAGAACAAGCAAUUUCAUUUCAUACCAGUGUGAAGACUCUCAAGAAAUGUGCUCCUGUUGACAUGUUCCAAAGGCCUUGGAAAAAGAGGUUCAGUCUGACUUGGCGCUGUAGCUGCAGAGAUACAAAAACAGGCUACUGACCUUAAACCAGUGAGUGGAAUACUAUAUCAAUGCUUUCUGUGAAAGCUGCCCUACAUGUAGAUGAAGGUCUAAAUGAUAGAAUGGGAGGGAUGCGCUUAAAAGCUCAAUCUCUAAUUGCAGCAUGACACCUCCUUUCAAAACACUGUCACCCCUACUACUGGCUUUAUGUUUUAAUUGGAUUUAAGACAUUUUUUUUUCACUCUCAAACUGAUUGCCUUUGGUCGUACGGACUGACAGUAUGUGACAGAUAAAUGUAUUUUGAGGCUUUAAAUGUUUUGUUUACGUUGGUAAUGUUUGUAGACACUGAAAAAAAAUAUACCUGUAUUUUUGAGUUGUGACGGGGUAUGAAAGUUGCAAAAGCUUAUUUUCCAUGUACAAAUCAAACUCGUCAAGUAUAUAUGUGAAUAAUAAAGUUUAUAUGGCCAAAUAAAUUCUGAACUGGGGCUCUAAAGGCCUCUAUGUUUCCUCGCCCUCCAUAGCCUGGAACGUGUGGUAGACAUAAAAUUUGAGUGAGGAGAGGAGGCAAACCAGAGAGUUAGUGAAGGAUAAAAGCGCCAUCUGUAGGCACUAUACAGCAACUACAACAGGGUAAAUCCGCCAAGGCAAUCAGAGACUGUCCUACACUAAAUACAGUGUUGACCUCCUGCUUAAUGAUGUAGCGCUCAUGGUAAUUGAAGGCUCCCUAAUUGAGCCUUUACACUUAUAUUUAGCCAGAUCUUUCUCCUCAUUAUAGGAAAGUGGUCAAGCUGGCGCCAUGUGUCAAAGAGGACUAAUCAAAAAUACGGGGUGACACUUAUAAAUUGGGGAUUGGUGGGUGUUAUACUAUAUCUGUAUGUUAGUUAGCUGUUAUUAGCUAUUGCACCCAUGCCUUUAUGAUAAGAUUCAACAGUCCAGCAACAGUCUUGUUGAAAAUGUGACAAGUCAUCCAUCUCCAACCCACCGCACCACCAGAAUCGUGACGAAAGUAAAGUUAUAUUCAUCAUAUAAGGUCACCGUUUCUUGGCCACCUAUCUGUCAUCAUGUAUGUAAAUUAGAUUUUGAGCAGAUUAACCAUACUAAAUCAAUUACAGCGGUGACAUUGAAGUCAAGUGACAGCUGAGUCAUAACGUCCAUCAUCUGGCUCUCGUCAGGCAAAUUGCCCUGUGAUUCAGCACAGUUUCUCACACAGUAACAGUCAAGUGUUACAUUGUCCAGUCAGGCUUCCUGCCUCCAUAUGAAUAUUGUCUGUCCAGUUGUAUGUGGACAUGUCUCAUCAUCACAGCUGGCAGAUUGUCUUCCACUCUGCCGUCACAUAGAUAACAGUUGUGCAACAUUGUCACAUAUCCCUUAUUAUAGUUGUGACUCUGUGAUGAACACUGUACUGAGCAACGUAUGUUACAUUUUGUGAAAGAAAUUUGCCUCAGUGAGCACCAGGCUGCUCAUUUUUAUCUUUGAUAGUCCUUUUGUAAAGCCCAUGAUAAACUUUCCUUCAGAGGUCAGUGAGCUUCUUUUUUGGUCUCUGCCAAUUGAGAUAGUGGGUGCUUUGUUACCAUGGGAGGUUCAAGUGUAAAUGCCCCUCUGUCCUCUCAGGGGUUUGUGCCUUAUUUAAUCUGUACCUACUGUAGUUGUCUGUGAGAGAAAUGGUGUUUUUAUUCAGUAAAAGGCUGAACAUUCCCCCAAUAAAGUGUUUCACUCAUC